AUGAAAGUGUCACAAAAAUUCUAUCGCUGGUUCGAAAAACAUUACAAAAACAUUCCAUAUUACCUUUACACUUUAUUCGCUUUUAAAAUUCUUUUAAAGUUGGAAAACAUCGGAUAUAAAAAUCUAUCAGUUAGCGAUCUCGAAAACAGUCUAGAACAUGUGGAAAGACUUCUCCGUAAGCUAGAAUCGAAUAGACUUUCAGAAUUGCCAAUAUAUUUUAAAGGUCGAGAACUAAUAAUCUCCAAGAAUGGAUGUUUUAAGAAUUUACAAGCAAGUUCAUUACUAAGUUUUAUGCUCGCUCAAUUGAUGGAUGAGGUUGAUAGAGCUGGAAAGUAUUGGGCGUAUGGAACGAAAAAAAUUGAAUGUGAAAUUGGUACAUCAAAUAUCCACGAAACUGAAUCAGAAUUUUCAUUUUAUCCUGAAAAUAUAUUCCGAUGGUUAAAGAGAUUCAAAAGUAGUAGAAAAUCAUCUUUUCGUGCAAUUAUUGAAGAACAAGUUUCGAUAUUGUAUGGAGUUGGAGACACAAUUGAACAUAUAGUUAUGUUGCAAACCCAUUUACGAAAUGGAAUUGAUCCAUUUUUGGAGUUUGGAAAAAAGAAACCUACACAAGAAGAUGCAGAUAUUUGGUUAAUUAUGGUAUAUACGACCAGUAAACUUUUGGAAAAACUCGAAAAGGAUAUGAUGACAAUUGAAGAACCAAGAAUUUGCUUUAUUUACAAACAAUUAGUUAACGAUUUAAAUCCAUUUUUAAAAUCGAUUCGAGAGACUGCAAUUGAUAAACGAUGGAAGGAAUCAGAAUUAAUUGAAGAUUAUCUACAAUACCCAAAUGAUAAAUUAAUUGAAGAUUAUCUACAAUACCCAAAUGAUAAACUAAUUGAACAUAAAAAUUUGCAAUAUACACACGAUGAACUAUUUGAGGAACAUAAUCCAGAACAUUCAUAUGAUGGAGAGAAGACAUAUCCGAAUAU